UAACAUAAAGUCGUAUCUUCGGUGCGCGUGUCGAAAAUGAAUUUCCUUGGAGGCAAACAAAUAAAUCCCGAUUUGCAAAAUGAAAGAAAUAAGGCGACAUUCGAUGUGGAGGAAUUUGCCAAGUGGUGGUACGGCAGUGAAGAGAAAUUGAAAUUUAAACGAUUUUUGGAUUCCUACAUCCUCGACGAUGUGGACGAAGAUAUAUUUCGCACUCAACAUUUGCGACACGAUGAAAUUUAUACCGCCGGCAUAAAGUCCUGCGUUAAAGUCUCCAAGAAGUUAAGGAAAUUACAGGAUCUCCUCAGACCGGGACAAAAAGACAUUUGGCCAGGUCUCUAUUUAUCUUCGAAUUUAUGGGGUGCCCUACCACCGGCCAAUCCAUUUUCCGUCCACUAUUCAAUGAUUGUGGAUGCCAUCCAGAAAUUGGGUACAGCCGAACAAUAUGAAAAGUUUGGUAAACGUGCUGAGAAUCUUGAGAUUGCCUGUGCCUUUGCUCAAACGGAAUUGGGUCAUGGAACAUAUUUGAGGGGUCUGGAAACCCGGGCCGAUUAUGAUCCGGAAAGGGAGGAGUUUAUUUUAAAUACACCCACCAUGACAUCGUACAAAUGGUGGCCAGGGGGAUUGGGUCAAACUGCCAACUAUUGCAUUGUGGUGGCCCAGUUAUACAUUGGCAACUGCCACAAGGAUCUGGCCUUAUUUAUGGUUCAAAUACGUGACGAAGAAACGCAUAUGCCUUUGCCUGGCAUAGAUAUUGGAGAUGUCGGCAAGAAGAUGGGAUUUCCCACUGUAAAUAAUGGCUACUUGGGAUUGAAAAAUGUUCGCGUACCACGGAACCAUAUGUUAAUGCGUCAUGAUCAAGUGUUGCCAGAUGGCACCUAUGUCAAGGGACCCAACACGGCUGUGAAAUUUCUACCCCUCCUCAUAGGACGCUGUGUGGCAAAUGAGAGCAGUGCAUCGCUGUUGGCAAUGGCUUGUACCAUAGCUAGCCGAUAUUCGGCAGUGAGGCGUCAAUGUUCCGUUGAUGCCGAUUCCCAAGAAGUACAAAUUUUGAACUAUCAAACCCAACAAAUGAAAAUAUUUCCCGAAAUCGGCAAUGCCAUUGCCUAUAAGCUGACCUCCAAGAAAUUAUGGCAAUGUUAUUAUGAAACUUCCCGGGACAUAGACGAGGGGAACUAUGAUUCCUUGCCGGAAUUGCAUGCCCUGUCAUGUUGCCUGAAAGUUUUGAGCACCAGUGAUGUGGUGAAUGGAGUCGAGCGUUUACGUUUAGCCUGUGGUGGUCAUGGUUAUCUCAGUUCUGCCAAUUUGGGCAACAUGUAUGUAGAUGGCAGUGCGGCAUGUACCUAUGAGGGAGAUAACACGGUACUCCUACUGACAGUGGGAAGGUAUUUGUUGAAAAGUUAUGUCAAGGCAAUUGCCGGAGAAGAGGUACCUUCUUUGGUGGCAUAUUUGCGGAAUACUGUGGAGGAUUUGGCAUCCCAUAAAUGGACGGGAACUUGGGAAAAUAUUCUUCGAAUUUUGGAAAUUGUUGCAGCAAACAAAAUUCGUUUAGCCUUUGAACGCAUCGAAAAACGUUUAAAAUCCGGCCAAACGGAAGCGGAAGCUUUUAAUAACACCGGCGUUGAAUUGAUAAAAGCUGCCGAGUUACAUGGCCGUGUUAUCGUAGCCUCAAUAUUUUACGAAGAAGUUAAGGGUUCCAGUGCAUCUUUCAGAAGUCCACAACUCAAUAGAGUUUUAGAAAAUCUUUUCGAAAUAUUUUUACUCAAUAUAAUUCUCAAGAAGCUGAGUGAUAUACAAAGAGUUAUUACUAUUAGCGAAGCUGAAAUUCUUGAUUUGGAAAAACGUUUGGAAACAUCCCUAAAAACAAUACGUCCCGAUGCGGUAGCCAUUUGUGAUGGUUUUGAUUUUCAUGAUAGAAAUAUGUCGUCGACCCUUGGUUGUUACGAUGGCAAUGUGUAUCAGCGUAUUUUUGAGGCGGCCAAAUCAAAUCCAUUGAAUGCCAAGCCAGUUCCGGAUGUAUUUCAUACACAUCUCAAGCCGUUUAUGAAAUCGAAAUUGUGAAAAUAGAGAGU